AUGAGAGCCUGGACAGAGGUAGACAAAGGCCCCCUGAAGCAUGGGACACCUGUGAGUGUGCAAAGUGGAGGCUGUGGGUCUUGCUGUCAAUCCAGCUGCUGCAAGCCCUGCUGCUGUCAGUCCAGCUGCUGUAAGCCUUGUUGCUGUCAAUCCAGCUGUUGCAAACCCUGCUGCUCUUCAGGCUGCGGUUCUUCCUGCUGUCAAUCCAGCUGCUGUAAGCCCUGCUGUUGUCAGUCCAGCUGCUGCAAACCCUGCUGUUCUUCAGGCUGUGGGUCCUCCUGCUGCCAGUCCAGCUGUUGCAAGCCUUGUUGCUGUCAAUCCAGCUGUUGCAAACCCUGCUGCUCUUCAGGCUGUGGGUCUUCCUGCUGUCAAUCCAGCUGCUGCAAACCCUGCUGCUGCCAGCCUGGCUGCUGUCAGUCCAGCUGCUGCAAGCCCUGCUGCUGCCAGUCCAGCUGCUGCAAACCCUGCUGCUGCCAGUCCAGCUGCUGCAAGCCCUGCUGCUGUCAGUCCAGCUGCUGCAAGCCCUGCUGCUGUCAGUCCAGCUGCUGCAAGCCCCUGCUGCAAGCCCUGCUGCUGCCAAUCCAGCUGCUGUGCUCCUGUGUGCUGCCAGUGCAAGAUCUGAGACUGUCCAAGAAGUUGUGGGUCAUCUUGCUGCAAACCCUGCUGCUGUCAGUCCAGCUGCUGCAAGCCCUGCUGCUGCCAAUCCAGCUGUUGCAAGCCCUGCUGCUGUCAGUCCAGCUGUUGCAAGCCCUGCUGUUGCCAAUCCAGCUGUUGCAAGCCCUGCUGCUUUAA